GCCCCUGUGCUGGAAGAGCAAAGAUUGCCUAAACCCUCGCGGCCUUGCCUACAUCGUUCCCCUUCUCCGGUUUCGCCGAAGUCCCUUCUCCCUUUUACAUCCAAAACCCUCGCCUUCAUGACCAAUCCCUGGCGAUACAAUCUCAAUUAGAGCUAACUGGGAAGGCGACGGAGGGAUCGCGGCGUACAGAGACCCAAAACUUCCAUUUUUCUUGUCCUUCCGCGCUGCUCCUACCCGAAACCAUGGAGGCACAUGGAGGAAGGCAACUUCAUAUCUCCCUUUUCGCGCGGAUUGCCCUUCCCGGAUUUACUAAAUCCGCCCAUUCGCAGGAUUUAGUAAAUCCGGAUUGAUGAAACCCGCAGUUUUAUUUUCUCCAAACUGACCGUCUGGAAGGAUUUAGAUCAAAUCCUGUAUAAACCCUGCUUUAAAUAUCCUUUGCCAGACAGCACAUUAAUGUUUUUGCUAAAAAAGAUUCGACUUUUAUCCCCUUUCUUUUUCUCCCUCUCUUUGAAAUCACACGCGAAACCUCCAUUCUGUAUGCCGCUGCGGACAAUCGAUAAAGGCGCAUUUUUUUCGAGUCCUCAUCUCCUCCGAGAAAGUUGGCUCGAAUUUAGUAGGCAAUCCUCUUCUUGUGCUGCUCCUGAGUCCACGAAGCUUCUUCUUGACAACGUAGCUCUUGGUAUUGGCAGUCUGGAUGACAUGGAGGCCAGUCUUGAACAAAUGAACAUUAGGAUUUCCCCUGAACUAGCCACCCAGGUCAUCCAUUCUUUCAAAAUCCUUCCUGCCUCAACUAGUAUUGGCAGUGGCAGAAGCAGGAGCAGAAGACUUCUUCGUUUUUUCAUUUGGUUUCUUCGCAGGAGUCAUGAGGGCUUUGGGGACGUAGUUUUCAAUUGCGCGAUCCAGGCAUUUGCAGAGAUGAAGGAUCUGACUGCCAUGGGCAUUGCCAUUUCUGAGCUUCAGAAGUUGGGAUGCAGGAUGGAUGCUGAAACCUUUGUCAUGGUGGCUGAGACUCUUGUCAAGGCCGGUAAGGCGGAUGAGGCUAUUCUCUUGUUCAGGAACACGGUGGAGAACCAGAUGCCAUGUAUAGACGGCACCUUUUCUUUCAUCGCAGCUAUUGUCCAUGUGCUUUGCAGCAAAGGAUAUGCAAAGAAGGCUGAAGGUGUUGUUUGGAAUCAUAGGGACAAGUUAAAGGAGGAGAAUAUUGGGAUCAUUUACCGGAGCCUCCUUCAUGGAUGGUGCAUCUAUGGGAAUGUGAAGGAAGCCAAGAGGAUUUUAAAGGAGAUGAAAUCACGUGGGAUUGUUCCUGGUUUGGCAUCAUACAAUGACCUUCUUCGCUGCAUUUGCUAUCGAAAUCUUAAGCUCAACCCAUCUGGUCUUGUCUCAGAAGCAACAGAUUUGAUGAUGGAGAUGAGAUCCUCUGGUGUCACCCCAACCAUUGUUAGCUUCAACAUUUUGUUGUCUUGUUUAAGUAGAGCUCGGAGGGUGAAGGAAGCUUGCGAUAUUUUUUCUUCGAUGAUGCAAGGGGAGGUGAUAUCUUCCCCAGAUCAGGUCACAUAUUAUUUAGUUAUCAGGGUUCUUUAUUUGACAAAGAGGAUUUGUAGAGGCAAUAGAAUUUUGGAUCAGUUGAUUAGGAAUGGAGUGGUGGUUGAAGCUCGGUUCUUCCAUAGUUUGAUUGGCCUUCUUUGUGGAAUCGAAGAAGUAAAUUGUGCUUUAGAAAUGUUUGAGAAGAUGAAAUGUCAAUGUAGGGAGAGCAUGGGACCAACAUAUGAUUUGUUGAUAGAGAAGCUUUGUAGAAAUGGAAAAUUUGAUGUAGGAAGGUGUCUUUAUGAUGAGGCUAUAGAGAAUGGCGUUGUUCUCAAAAUUUCUAGCGAUUUACUAGAUCCCUUGAAGAUACAAGUGUUUAAGCCAACAAGAUCACAAGAAAAGCUCAUCCUUGGUAAGUACAAGGGCAAGGUAUUGUUUGGACGAAGAUAUGGCACCAAUAGAUCAAAAAAAUAAGAAUUAAGGCUUCAUUUGCUGAUGUGUGUUUUUUUGUGCCUUUUGGACUAAGUUUUUGAUUGUUAUUGUGAAGAUGUAUGUGCUCCUGCGUGUUAACUGCUAUUGCGAAGCUAUGAAGAGGGGGCAUCAGCAGGAGUAUGAGAUUGUGUUCUAUGUUACCCAAAACUGUUUUGUAUAUGUUUUUGAAAGUAGUAUAGAAGCACAAAAUUAUCAGAUGAAGUUUAUUCUAGAAUCACAACAUUAUCAAA